UGACAUGUGAGAUACUGUUCCAGCAAUCUUGCCUUGGAAGCAUAUUAUAAUACCAACGCAGUGUGUUUAGCCUCUGCCUUUGCUUCUCCAUGCAAUUCUCACUCUGAUCAAGAUUUCUUCGUCCCGACGGCCGACGGGAUUCGGGCGACACCCAGAUUGUUCCGGCGAUCAUCCGCCGUCUUUGCAGUUGAUUCCCCGUCGGCCUCUGUCUCUCUCCGCUACACGCUCUGCUGUUUCGCAAUCAGUAUUAAUGUAAAAACAUGGAAAAGGAGCAAAUGAGUUGCAUUGAGGCCAGUUCUGUUGAUCGGAUUUCAGAUUUGCCUGAUGGAAUCCUUCAUCAGAUAUUAUCUUACCUUCCCACAGAAGUUGUUGCUCGAACUUGUGUGUUGUCCAAGAGAUGGCAGUAUUUAUGGGACACUUACCCAAUUUUUGAUAUUCCAAGGUUGUCAUUCCUUGUUAUUGGAGAAGGAGUAGAUAUAGAUAGGUAUGCUGAUGUUGUGGAUCACAAACUAAAUACAUUUUGCAAAUACGAGUUUGAGAUUCAGAAGUUUAAACUGUCCUUUAUGUGUGAACUCAAUGGUAUCAAACUAAAGCAUGAUUCCCUUGUUAACAAAUGGUUGAGAUUGGUUGCUGAAAGAAAUGUUAAAGAGCUGCACCUCGAUUUUGGUAUAAGGGACAGAAGUCCCUGCAGUUUUCCACAGGAAAUCUUUGCUGCCAAAUCACUGACUUUCUUAGAGAUCCAUUGUCCGAAUGCCCUUUUGCCGAGCUCCAUAAACCUUCCUUCUCUUGAAACCUUGCGUCUGUCUUUGGUUUGUAUUCCAGAAGGGUUUAAGUUAUCCUGCCACCAGCUUAAGGUACUGACAAUAAACUACUGUUGCCAGUUUGGUAAGAUAGAGAUAUUUGCACCAAACUUAAGUUCGAUGUGCUAUUACAGCAAUUUACUGCCCACAUCCUCAUUCUUGUCCCUCGAUGGCCCAUCCAUACUGAAAGAAUUCAUGCUUAGUUCUGUAAGGUUCCUCAAUACUUUGUGGUACACCAAAUUGAAGGAGUCUCUUCUUCAUAUGCAUAAUGGAACUGAAACUCUUGUUUUAUUGUUGGAUGCAGACAAAAAGAAUACAUUUGAUAGGGGAGAAGCAAGCAAACGUUGCAUUUCUCCACAAUAUGCCCUCAAGUGCUUGGUUUUGAAUUUAUUUCAUCCUACAAUGGAAUUAGAUCUUGAAGCUCUUAUUGAUGGUUUUCUUUGGAGCUUUCGUCCUGAAAUCCUUCGUGUUAUGUUUAGUGGUCCUAACAAAAAAGGGUUUGCUGAGGUUCUAUUUAAGAUGUUGGAGGCAAUAGAAGCUCAGGGCUGCUGCAGUUCAAGCGAGAUUAAAUGUUGGCGGCAUUCCUGUAAAGUGAAGCAUGUUUUGGUGAUAGCUGAAGGGUUUGAAGAAAAGUUACCUUUAUCUCGGGAUGCUUUGUCCAAAGUGGCAUAUGAUCACCAAGAAAUACGACAAGUUGAGUUUUACUUAACAUGGUGAUCACUUCAGUAUGAAGGAUGAGGGUGACAACUCUAUUAAAAUUUUCUAGUUCUAGUUUUAUUAUGUUUGCCUCUAGAAUAAAGUAGAAUGUUUAUGAACCAUCAAGUUUCAAGUACUUUUUUAGCCAUUGUUUUCUGCAAUAACAUUUUCUGGUCAAA